AUGUCACCGACGCGUCGUGAGUCACCCGCCGUACACCAGCGUCGAUGCACCAAGUACUUUGGCACCACGACUACAACCAGCCGUGAGGAGCCCAGGCGUCGACGGCGACGGCUUCCGGCUCAUGUGGCAACGCACCUGAGCGUCUUUGCGCAGAACCCACGCGCGUCGCGUACGCUCUCGGUGCAGUUUACCAAGGCCUCCCUACAAGACAUCACGGUGCUUGGUCAAGUGACCGCAAGUUUAUCCUCUUUGCGACGCGGACGUCGCCGCGAGCAAGCGCUUGUUCAGCACCACGAAGAAACGUUACAGCACUGGGGCUUUACCAUCAACGCACGCCAGGAACUCACGACGGCGCCGUUCGUGGAGCACCGGCAAGCCAACGAAGACGACUGCACCGAGUACCUAACGCUCCUCGCCGACGCCGAUCGGCAGCGGACGUCGGCGCCACGCCCGCCGGUGAUUUUGCGUCUCUUGCACUCGCGGGCUUGCCGCAAUGCCAUCAUGUUUGGAGACGUGCUCUCGCAGCGGGCGUGCGAGCUGCUGCUGGGGCAGCUGAGCCAUUGUCGGCUGCCGUUCCAGUGCGCCCACGGUCGUCCGUCGUUGGCUCCACUCGUGCAGCUGGACGAAGAAGACGCGUCGUAGGUAUAAAUUCAGCAUUCAAAACUCAUAGCAUCGGGUGGAUCUCUAUUGGUUCUUGCACUCCGGGGGCUUCUCGGUCG